AUGACUACCAGGUCCAAAUCUGGUCUGUGUCAGAAGAAGUCUUUCGAGGAUUAUCAGUGUUUUACUUAUAUGCAUGACUCUACUACUCUUGAUGAGCCUUCUACAUUUCGUGUGGCUUCUUUCUCUCCUGCCUGGAUUAAGGCUAUGGAGGAAGAGAUUUUUGCCUUAACAAUGCAGGGUACAUGGUGUCUAGUCCCUCGCCCUGCUAAUACAAAUAUUGUUGGCUCCAAGUGGAUUUACAAGAUCAAAAGAAAUUCAGAUGGGACAGUUUCUCGCUAUAAAGCUCGACUGGUGGCACAGGGGUUUAGUCAAGAGGCUGGCUUUGACUACGAUGAAACCUUCAGCCCAGUGGUCUUACUUACUCUUCGAUUUGUUGUCUUCUUGGGUUCCAAUCCAAUUUCAUGGCAGUCUAAGAAGCAGGGGUCUGUCUCCCGUAGCUCCACUGAAGCUGAAUACCGUGCUCUUGCUAAUGCUUCAGCAGAGGUUGCUUGGAUUCGUCAGAUACUUGCAGAUCUUCAUGUCUUUCUCCCAGAUCCUCCUCUGUUGUUUUGUGAUAACAUGUCUGCGUUAGCUCUCAGCUCUAAUCCCGGGUUCCAUUCUCGCAUCAAACAUUUGGAUGUCGACUUCCAUUUUGUUCGAGAAUGUGUACAACGCAAAGACUUCUUAGUGCACUACUUUCCUACUGAUGAGCAGGUGGCAGAUGUUCUUACUAAGGGGCUUCAUAGUCCAGUAUUUGUUAAGCAUUGUACCAAUCUCAGUUUAGGCACCCUGACUGAGAUUGAGAGGGGGUGUUUACCCAAUGGUUAG